AUGGCCAACCAGACCAACGCCUCCACCCUGUACAACAGCUACGAAUACUACCUGGACUACUUGGACCUCAUUCCCGUGGAUGAGAGGAAGCUGAAAGCCAACAAAUAUUUGAUUGUCAUCACCUUCUGGGCGAGCCUGGCAUUCUUCGUCAUGCUUCUCUUCCUCAUCCUGCUCUACAUGUCCUGGUCAGGCUCCUCACAGGCGAGGAACAAUGCCCAGCACCACCCAACAUGCCCCUGGAGUAACAGCCCCCACCUCCCCCUCUGCUUCCGGAGGCACCCCCCAAGGCUCCACCGAGGUCGGGCAAAGAGCCAGGCAGCAGAGCAUGCGGCCCUGAGCAGCAGCUGUGGCCACGAGCCCCCCCACCUUGCCCCACCCUGCUCUCCUCCGGGAACUGGCCGUCCAUGGGGCCCCCCCACAGCAUCAGCUGACAUCAGGAACACGCGGGGUGAGCCGCCCCCUGGAGACAGAACCUCUCAACUGUAG